GAAUCGGACAAGAGAGAGCACCUUAUUUUACUAUUUCCUUGCGAGGGAAGGAGGGGGUCUGGGCGAGUAUGAAUCGGUGCUUCCAAAUUUCCGAGAUUUAGUCGCUCAGAGCUCGUAGAUCUUCCUCAGGUGCCACUUUCCGUCAAUUUUUCAUCUCGAUAGUUGGGAUUCUUGGUGUUCUUCUCGUGAUCGGUUGUUCUUGAAGGAGGCCAACUCGUUUGAUUCAGCUAGGGUUUUCGAAACUUUCUGCAGUUGUGUAGGGUGAAGAACAUUAGACUUGAUACUAAACUCUGUACGGAGUCUAGCUUCUAUAAAUAUUUGGAUGGAAGAACAUAAUUCAACAUUUGAUGCGGAAGGAAGAAGAAUGGCUAAUGGAUGCGGUCCGUCACCUGAGCAUAAGAUUAGUGUCGUCAUGGAUUCUGAAAAGAAGGAAAAUACAGGUAAAAAUGAUGAAGUGGAAGGAACCACAAUGAUGAAUGGGUUUAGUCCGCCACCUGAAGAUAAGAGUGUUGUGUCCGAUUCUGGAAGGCAUGCCGAUGAAGGAAAAAGUGUAGAAGAAGAGAAGCAUGGUGAACAAAAGAUGAAUUCUGUUGAAAAGGAGCAUGAUGUAGAAAAUGGCACAACAAAAUCAGAAGGUAUGGAAGAAACAGAAGAAGACAGGAAGACUACAGACUUGAAUUCUGCCAAAGCUGAGGAUGUGAAAAUGGCUGAUACAGUGGUUGAGAAAGGUAUGGAGGUGGAGGAUGUAAAGAUGGUCAACGCAGAUGAUCUCAAAGAUGAGGAAGGAGAAAAAGAUGAGGAAGCGGAGGGAGUUGAAAAAGAAGCAAAAGAUGAGGAAGGAGGAAUAGAAGGGGAAAGGGAAGGAGGGGAGGAAGGAGCAGAAGAGGAAGACAAUGACAUGGAAGAAGGAGACAAUGGAAGUACUGAAAAGAAGGUUGAUGAGGACAAGGAAGCUGAAAGGUUAAAGAAAAAAAGAACAAGGGGGCAAAAGACUUUCAAAAAAGGAGAAGGAAAGGAGGGUCUGACAAAGUCCAAGGAUUUCUUUAGUCCUGGGACUUCAUCUAUUGAACGCCCUGUGCGUGAGAGAAAAACAGUAGAGAGGUUGGUAGAAGUUAUUGAAAAGGAGUCAUCAAGAGAGUUUCAAGUUGAGAAGGGCCGUGGCACUCCAUUGAAGGACAUACCAAACGUGGCCCACAAACUAGCAAAGAAGAAACCUUCUGAUAUUAAAUUGAUUCAUCAGACUCUUUUUGGAAGGAGAGGAAAGGCUGUGAAUUUCAAAAAUCAUAUUCUACAGUUCUCUGGAUUUGUAUGGCAUGAAAGUGAUGAAAAGCAGAGAGCUAAGAUGAAGGAAAGACUUGACAAAUACGUGAAGGACACUCUGCUGGAUCUGUGUGACUUGUUUGAUUUACCUGCUUCCAAAGCAAAUACUAAGAAGGAAGACCUUGUGGUGAAGCUAUUAGACUUCUUGGCUGCUCCUCCUCAUCCUACUAAUGAAGGCAUACUUUCUGUGGACAAGCAAUCAACAAAAUCUAGAAAGCGGAAGAGGGUGGCCCAAGGAAGUGGAUCAAAGAGUAUGGAUCACACACACAGCAAGAUAUCUAGGAAGAAACAAACCAAAAGUGAGGAGACACUGAGUGAAGACGACAAAAGUGCACAAGAAAUGGAUAAUGAGGAUGACAUUAAGAAUAGUCCUUACAAGCGCAAAGCAGUCAAGCAUUCGGAGAAUGAGGGUGAGACAAGCGAAUGUGAGGAAGCAUCGGAAGAAGAUGCCCAUGAUGAAGAGGACUCAGGAAAGGGCAAGCAGGAUAAGAAGAAAACUUCCAAACAAGGUUCUGUUGGUAAGGAAAAGAUAGGGUCCAGUUCCGAGAAGGUUCCAACACCAGCAACUACCAAGAGUCCUGCUCAAUCAUCUUCCAAAUGCUCUAAAGCUGAAUAUGAUGAUGACAUAGGCGCUAAGGUUUUCUCCAGGAAAAAGAGAACUGUUGAUUCACCCAUGAAAAAAUCAGCCCCUAGGUCAGACAAGAAAGAAAAGGAUACUGGUAAAAAGGUUGCUAAAAGUAAGACCAAAUCAGAGGCAGAGCAUCCAAGCAAGGAGGAACUCAGGGAAAAAAUAUGUGAAAUUCUGAAGGAAGUUGACUUUAACACGGCAACUUUCACCGACAUUUUGAAGCGGCUAGCCACCCACUACAAAGGGGAUCUGACACCGCGAAAAGCAUCUAUAAAGCUCCUGAUUCAAGAAGAGCUGACCAGACUAGCAGAAGCCGCUGAAGAAGAUGAGGACGAUGAAGACGAAGAAGAUGCUGGAUAGGAAGAAAAUCCGCAACCCACAGGCAAGAAGGUGGAACUGGCAUGUAACCGGCACUCCCCAGUUAGUCGGCUUUUAGGUUGGUUCUUGAUUUCCCCUCAAUGGAGUUCGGCACAAGUUUAAUGUGGUGCCUUCUCUGAAGCAGAACACCUACUCCGGAUACCAUCUUUGAACUAGGCAAUAUUUAUGUGUUUCAUUCUGCAUUUAGGAACGUUAUGAUAAAUCUAUUUCAACUCACUGUCCCAUGAUCAAAAUUGUAGAGGCUACAAUAAUGUGAAAAUGGUGUUCUUGAAGGGA